AGGAAGGAGGUGAAGAGGUCGCCUCAGUACACCGUCCAGCUCAGAGGCUGUGAGGUCAGAGCGGGCCCCGACACCGACCACUCCUACAGGAUCACACUGAGCAUGCUCGGUGACCAGGUGGCCGUGCUGGAGGUGAGUAGUUCAGGUGAAAAGGAGCACUGGUUAAAGCUGCUGCAGGACGGAGCUGCCAAAACUCAGGAGAACACAGAUAAAGCUCUGAGUGGGCUGCAGACUCAAAGGUUUCCCAACUCCAACACAUACAUGGACGACCCCUUCCAUCUGAGUGGAACAUAUCAAGACCAGCCCAUCUAUUCCAACACCUCCAUACUGGAUCACAUGCUUCACAGCUCUCAGGAUUCAGUUCGCCCCUGCUCGGUGUCGUCUAAAGACUCUGUGACCUACAGCAACACCACAUUCAGCAGCCACAACAGGAAGUCGUUGGAAUUGGAGCGAGGCGUGCAGAAGCUGGAGCUGACUGGGAAGAGGACGGUGCAGCUGAGGGCGGGGUCAGAGAUCAACCUGACGUCUGCCGGGAAACAAAACAAACGCACCUCAUUUAGACAGUCGCUGGCCAUCUGCAGUGAGCGCGCUCAGGCGGGAUUCCUGAACCCUCUGCUGCGGCGCACGGCCUCCGCUAAAAACUCUCUGAGACGAGCUCCUUCAUCGCUGUUCAUCGAACAUGGGAAAGUUUUCCAGAAGAGGAAGGAGUGGGAAACCAAAGCUGCUGCUUGACACCGACUAUGUAUCCAUCAUCAUCAUCAUCCUCAUCCUCAUCCUCAUCAUUAUCAUCAUCAUCAUGAAAUCUACAAGCUACAGUUCUCGCAGCCUAAGAACCACAAACAACAACUUAUUAUUUCUCACUGAAUAUCUGUGUUGACCUAUUUGAACUGCUUGAGUCAUAAACCUUAACAUGACACUGUUCUGGCCUUUAUCCAUUACAUGAAGAUAUUUCAGUCGCUGUUGUGUGGUGAACUUUAAAAAAGCAAUCUGCGUCAACAGAAAAUCCACAUACAAAAUAAACAGAGUCAUCCGUGAGGAACAUGAGCAGGUUAGCACAAAUUAGUCAAUUAUUUUCUUUAAAAAGACUUGAAAACCGUUGACUUUAAUUAAAUGUAUUAUGUCAAGAGAAUUUACAUAUUUGUAUUUGGUUAGUUGAA